AUGGCAACUAAUCGCUUCGUCGUAGCGCACUUCGAGGCCUAUCAGAAAGCACGGCAAGAUUUUGUUCAGGGGCUAGCAGAAUUAGCACAGCAUCCCCAGAAUGUGGAAACGAUAAAAUCUCUCGGUGGUGUGGCUCUCUGCAGAUCUUUGUUAAUGGAUAAUGUGCCAUCCAUACAGCACUCUGCGGCCACAGCUCUAGGGAGAAUUGCUAACUUUUCCGAGGAGAUGGCCGAACUGGUCGUUGCGAACGAUGUUCUUCCUCAGUUGGUAUUCUCUCUCGCGGAACGGAAUCGGCACUACCAAAAAGCCGCAGCAUUUGUGCUUCGCAGUGUCGCCCGUCACUCUCCGUCUCUGGCCCAGGCUGUGGUUGAUGCAGGAUCUUUAGAGCCUCUUGCAAUCUGUUUGGACGAGUUUGAUCCGUGUGUCAAGGAGGCUGCAGCUUGGGCACUGGGGUACAUUGCACGUCAUAACGAGCACUUAGCGCAAGCAGUUGUUGAUGCUGGCGCUGUUCCUUUUCUCAUUGCUGCUGCACAAGAACCUGAGCUGAGCCUGAAACGCAUCGCUGUUUCGGCUCUUUCAGACAUAUCUAAACACACACCAGAACUCGCACAAGCAGUCGUGGACGCUGGGGCUAUCUCCUACAUCAGUCCUCUAAUCUCGUCUAAGGAUGCGAGGGUGCGACGCCAGGUGUGCUCCGCCUUGUCUCAGCUGGCCAAGCACUCAGUGGAACUGGCAGAGCUCUGCGUUGAAGGUGAGAUAUUUCCACGUGCCCUUCUUCUUCUUCGGGACAAGGACAGUAUUACUUCGCGCAACGCGGCGACACUUGUUCGCGAGGUGGUAAAGCACACAGCAGAGUUGGCUCAGCUAGUCGUUAAUGCUGGAGGCAUUGGUGCCCUCGUUGAGUUCAUAUCUGUGACGCGAGGACCAGACCGGCUUCCAGGAAUAAUGGCUCUGGGCUUUAUAGCAGCCUUUAGCGAAACUUUGGCCCUCUCCAUUAUAGUUGCAAAGGGGGUGACGCCGUUAGUCAGUUGCCUGGUCUCUGAAGUAGAGGAUCAUGUGCUGGCUGCAACUGUUUGGACCUUGGGGCAGAUAGGCCGUCACUCCCCCGACCAUGCGAAAGCCAUCUGUGACGCAAACGUUCUGCCCAAACUUCUGGCUCUAUUCAUCAGUGAGAGCUCCAGUGACGACCUAAGACAAAAGGCGAAGAGAAGUAUCAAGUUCACUGUACAAAAGACAACAGCGCUCCCUGCCCUUGACCCCCUGCUCUUCCAGAGUCCACCGUCCAUACUGAAGCACGUCGUGGCUCAGUAUGCAAAGAUACUCCCCAAGGAUGUAGAGUCCAGGAGACAAUUUGUUACAUCCGGCGGAUUGCAGAAAAUACAAUCCAUCGCAUGUGAGCCGGGAACAAAACUUUAUGAAGCCAUCGAGCAAUGCAAUGCGUGCUUCCCAGACGAAAUAGUUAAGUACUACACCCGAAAGCCAGAGAAUAUGCUCGAUCUGAUCAAGUAA